CUCUCGAGUGUGCUGGUAGAAAUCGGUAGACGGGUCGUUCGUGUCUCCGGCCUUUGCGUGGACGUCGCCGUUCUGUGUGGAAGACACAAACUUGGCGCUGUGUAGACUGAGAAUCUUGAACUUUGGCUGGACGGGCGCUGAGCUGGCUUCGAAGACUACCAGCGAUAGUAGAAUGAGACCAGAAACUAGAUGAGUAUACAUUCUUGUUGGAUUUUAUAAGCUGUGAAUGAUUAGCUAUACUUUUUGCCUGUGAAUUGGUUGAUGAGUAGACUGGGGUGAAUCGUCUUUUAUAGCUGGUGACUUACGGAGACACGCCUCCGUAGAGUUUCCGCAUAUGGAAAUGUUGGGCAAUAAUCGGUUGCAUUCCGUAGGCUUCCCACGCGCACACAGAUAGGGAAUCUGCUAAUGAUCAUGUGCUGUGAUAUCACUUCCGCGUUCGUACUAUUGGAGGUCUAAAAAUACCCGAUGACCCUAAAGAGCAACGAUUGAACAUUGAUAAAGGCUGCAUGGAAGCUCAGUGUUCGAUUUGAGGCUUUCCGUUAGUGAAUAUUCGCAGCAGCAAGAACAACUAGAUCACGAAUCCCGUAAUACAAUGAGCAUUUCCCACUUAGUUUUGCAACUUCUACUGGCGCUCUGCGCCGCUACAUCCAGCUACGGACGACCGGUACAGAUGACGCUACAGCAUCGACUGCUCAGCAGGGUGACGGGGCACUACUUGGCGAUUACCAAGAGCGGACGGGUGCAUGCGAACGGCGACAUCAACACUGAAAAUCCCGGUUACCGCAAACCGAACCACGUGCAGAUAGCCUCCGUCAAGUACGCGGGCAACAGUUGGUUUCUGGUCGUGACGCCGGAGGACAAAAUCCGCGCCCAAGUGCCGGACGGCGAGAACGAAGUUAUAGAAGAAGUACACCUACCCGACGGUUCCACAGCGCUCAGAUUCGUCAACUACGACAGAAUCUCGAGAUCCUUUGAGGGCUCGGGACUCAGUCCAGCAUCGGAGAAGACGACGGCGGACUUCUCAGUGCCCCACUCGGAGGACGCGGCGUCGACGGAGCCGCCACGAGAGUGCUACCUGGGGUUCUCAGACGAACUAGGCCGCACGUACGGGCGCGCGCAGUGCUACAGCGACACGAGUAGUGUCCACGUCAGAAUGCACAUGAUACCUCACGAAUGA